UUUUAUUGCGUGGGAUUUCAUAGGCUUCGUUGCGCUUAUCAUGCGCCAGCGUUAUGUGAGUAUAUGUGCAAUGGACAUAGAUUAGUAGGUUUUUGUUUUUAUCAAUAACAAACAGAAAUUUAGUUGGCCAUCCGUUUUUUCGUCAACGAUUAUUGGUUGGGUCUCUCGCCAUGCGACACCAGCAGUAUCCCGGCAAUCGCCAUGGCCAGCGAACCACUCACGCUGUUGGACCUCGACACCACACAACCGCGUUAUUACGAUAAGCGUGUGCUGGAAUCAAUCGAUCGGGGCUUCACGUCACUGCUGGUCAUAUUGACCACAUUUGCAGGCAUUGUAAUCGCACGCGUUGCCACUCAUCGCCUCUGCACACGGUACAGUCCAACCAUAUGUUACCUGGUCGAGUUCCCGCUGAUCGUCCUGCCCGGGAUUCUUUUCGUGACAGUGGCCAGCGGAUAUAGUGCAGUCUUUGUGGGCAUUGUGACUGUGGCUUUCCUCGGACUCAUUGUGGUAACCGGUUCACUAUCUCGGGCACGAUGUCGAGCCCACUUCGAUCUGGGCAAACGGCCCAUGGUACUAACCAUUGUGCGGGCAUUGACCCAACUGAUUACGGCGAUCUGCAUACUGGCCAUCGACUUUGAGAGCUUCCAUCGUCCGUAUCGCAAGAGUCGACUGUUUGGCGCUCAGCUCAUGGAUACGGGCAUUGGUUUGUUUGUGGUCACCAUGGGAUUGGUGUCGCGACGUCCCCGCAAUUGCGCCGAUCUCAAGCGUAGCCUGCUGCACUCGGCACUACCUUUGAUACUGCUGGGAUUUGCUCGCACGUUGGCACUGGAGCUGAUUGGCUAUGGCCAGGAUGAGCGCGAGUAUGGCAAGCAUUUGAAUGCCUUCUUUACGCUUGGCUUUACCAAGUUCCUGGGCAGUCUGCUGUGCUUUGUGCCUCGAAAUGAUUUUCAGCUGCUGCCGCUGGCAUCGGCUUUGCUUGUGACCCAUCAACUGGGUUUGUCCUUUGGCGGCAUCAUGGACUAUGUGAUCGAUGAUGAUCUGGAGCGCAAUAGUUUUCUGAGCGCCAAUCGCGAAGGAUUGCUCUCACUGCCCGGCUUCGUGUGCAUCUACAUGUUGUCCAUCUAUCUCAGUCGAUGGCUUGUGGCAAAGACGCUGCUCAGCUAUGCGGAAAUGGUGCGCAAGCUGCGCUACUUUGGCGCCUUUGCGCUGUUCUGCUGGCUGCUCAUGGUUCUGGGCGCCAAUGCUGUGGGCAUCUCACGUGUCACCUGCAACAUGGGCUACGUCUUCUGGAUGAUUGCCAUCACGAGCACGAUGGUCUGGCUAACGAUGUUCAUCUUUGAUUUCAUCAUUAGCACCGUAAUGCCGUUGGACACAUCUGUUGCAUUGGUGGAGAGCGUAGAGAAGGGUUCAUCCAAUGUCAGAACAGCAUCACCCGAUAAAGGUAGCGGAGUUUUUCUCAUCUGUGAGUCACUCAACAUGAAUGGACUCACUUUUUUUCUGCUGGCUAAUGUGCUGACUGGCGGUGUGAAUAUAUUUCUGUCACCGGAAGAUCGAUCGGACUUUACCUCCAUCAUUAUUUUAUUGCUCUAUAUGCUAUUGGCCACGUUUGUUGUCUUCCAGCUGUACAUGCGGCGUAUACGUAUUGCCUAGAAAUGUUGUUUAUUUACUUAUGCUGUGAUAACGCCGUGGAUGACUGUUACCCAAAAACAAAAUGGGGACACAUUGAGGUGGUUGUGAUACCCUGCCAAAGGGUAUUAUUAUUUUGUACCGAUGUUCAAUAUUUUGAUUAAGAAAAACUAUGUCAAUAUAUUAAGUUUGUCUGUUAAUUUCUAUUUAAUCUCGUCACUAAAUUAAAAAGAGUUAUCAUGA